AUGUCUGAUCCUUCAAAUGAGAGGGAUCAGGAUGUUGAUGCACUAAGGCGAAAUGUCCGUCCAAAUUUCGCAGAGGAUGUGUACGGUGACAAAAAAGGAACGCAGACCGAAGAUAUUGAGUACAGUGAGUCUUCUUUGGCUCAAAGACGAUCGGCAUUGUUGGUAAAACUUAAACAGCUUAAAGAUUCCCAUGGAACAACAACUACGGAUGCCAUUACAAACCGUGCGGAUAGUAUAGAUAUGGGCGAGUCCGACAUCGAGUUCGAAUAUAAUGAUUGCGACACUCUUCUCAAUGAGCUGUCCGAGCUCUAUACCUAUUCCGAACUGGACGACUUUGCUAGCAACAUUCAAUGUUGGAAGGUCUACGCCGACAAUAUUGGAAUUCCGGCUCCCUUUCACUUUUCGCCUUUACCAGAGGCGAAGAAAAUGUUCAUUAUGCAAGAUCUCUGUGCUAGAAUGGAAAGUGCCGAACCUGAUGUGCGGCUGGCUAGUGCUCGGAUUGUCUUAUAUAUCUUACAGGGCGCCUAUCUAGAUUUCAGCGACGAAGAAGAUGUUGAAGCCGGCUUAUUAUUGAGUGCUACUUCGCUGGACAAAGGAACAGGUGGUCAUGAAAAGGAUUGUGUUUGCAAUGCAUUUCUCAAUGCUCAUAUCGCUCACAAAGCAGGAGCCUAUCAGGCACUCUGUACACUUCUUAUGGCGGAGCUAUGUGAACCGUUUGACAACGGUCCCGGCUUGGCUACUGAAGGGGGACGCGAAUCAAAGGCAAGCUCAAGAGGCAGUCGGUGUCCUAGUAGUGCCGAUUUGGCUGAAAGUGAUCGACGGAACCGUCGAGCUGCUACCAUGGCAGACAACGAAGCAAUGAGAACAGUGUUGUCGGCUUUGUAUCAUAUGGUGGAAUUGAUUCGUAACGAAGAACUUACCAACACAUUCCUAGUUGAUGAUCCCAGUUUGCAAGCCAGAGCAACCGCUUUUCUUGAAGAAUUGAGUGAACCGCUCGAUCAUGUGGGCCAGCCGCUGCUUCUCGUGCUAUUUGAAAUGCUCCCCCCGUUCUAUACAGGAAAUUCGCCCCAUUACCCCAUCAAAAAAAUUCUACUUCUUAUAUGGAAAAUUCUGCUUGCGACGUUAGGUGGUUGGCGCCAUUUGGACGCAAUGAAAGCAGCAAAAAGAGCCGCGCUCGGUCUUCCAGUAAUGGAGAACACUAUAGCUGUCGCAUCUUCUUUGCCUGCCACUCUUAUCAAUGACGGUGAAGCAGGGGCUAGAAUGGCAGCUCGUCGUAUUGUUCCCAUUGGGCGUGUUAUGGCUCGACAGUUGGCCUACGCUGGCAGUGAAGAAGCAAAAGAUGAAGAAUUCGAUAUAGGAGCAAUAGCCAGUGACGAUUAUAUGCCAGAUGCAGAUGUUCCAGCUAAACGAGGGCCUGAAUUGCGGCAAGUAGUCAGUGGUGAUCGUACUCCUCGUGCUGGCUCUCCUAUGCCUAGAGAACCUCCCAAGAGAAGUUUGCCAUGGCGAAGUAAAGUCUCGAAGCAGGAAAUUGAAGCGUUCCUUCAACAAGAAAGGCAGAAGUUUUUCCAAUAUCAACUGCCCGGCGACCUUGAGACAAUGUUCGCCUUGCCACCACCAAUUCAUCGAAGUGUGGAAGCGUUGCGGAAACAUUUGUACACGUCUAUAGGAGAAAUCCAGGCCGCGCAAGACGAGGACUUCAAUCGUUACUUAUUCUCAAGAAAAGAGGAUGUUGAAAUGAAUAAUGUGGAAGAACUUUAUCGAUUGCUUCUGCCAAAUCUGUGCCAAUAUGUUGUCGCUCUCCUGAAAGUAUUAUUGGCAGCAGCGCCGUCGAACAAGGCGAAGAAUGAUGCGCUCAAUAUUCUGGUCGACGUUUUAACACCUGAGACAGAUGGAUGUGACAUCUUAUCGAAUUCCAUUAGUCUUGAUCACUCGACCAGUAGCCCGUUGGAGGAAAGCGUUCGACUGGCUAUCGAUAUAAAUAGACAUAAGGAGAUCAUGGUAAAAGCGACAUCAUCGAUUCUGUUACUUCUCAUGAAACACCUUCGAUUAAAUCAUAUCUAUCAAUUUGAAUAUUUAAGUCAACAUAUCGUCUAUGGAAACGGCAUUCCUCUCCUUCUGAAGUUCCUUGAUCAAAACAUGACGCGGUAUGUGCAGUCGCGUUAUGAAAUUUAUCCAUACAACUAUCCUCAAGCACCACUACAUUACGUUAGAAAUCGAGAUGAGUGGCCUGUCCUUAAUUCGGAGAAUGUGGAAGGUAACGAAAGUGAACGUAGAGGCAUGUAUUAUAUGUGGAGGAAUAUGUUCUCGUCAAUAAAUCUCAUUAGGGUACUUAAUAAGCUAGUCAAAGGAAAACAGUCUCGUGUGAUGAUGUUAAUGGUGUUCAAAUCGGCGCCUAUACUGAAACGUUCUUUGAAGAUUCGCCUGGGGUUGUUCCAGUUCUUCAUUCUAAAAGCGUUGAAAAUGCAGUCACGAUAUCUUGGUCGGCAGUGGAGGAAAAGUAAUAUGGAUAUAAUGUCAGCGAUUUAUAACAAGGUCCGACAUCGUAUGACCGAUGACUGGGCAUUCGCUAACGAAAUGCGGAAGUCUUACGAUUACCACUGCGAAGAGAGCGAAUUGAAAGCGGCGGUGGAACGUUUUCAUAGCCGAAGAUAUGCGAAGAUCCACCCGCAACUUGCUAUUGAGGUGAACGAUGCUCCAAUGCCUGGUGAUGACUAUCUGAAUCGUGUGAAUCUUCGCGAAUUUGAACCGGUGGAUAACUGCCUCCAUUCCGUUUUGGGAAAGCAACCUGAGCUUGGAAAGAGGUUCAAAAAUAAUUAUCGAAAGUGGAUGGAGGAUGAAGUUAUUAAGAGGACCAUUGAUUGGGACCGGCUCCUGAUGAACACCAGAGGAAUUGCUCUAUCUAAAGACGUUGCAUGCUGA